AUGAAGUGCUUUACGAACUACAUCCCUGUGUUCCUCAUGGCCCUUCUCCCGCCGUUUGCCCUCGCUCUGCCGGCGGACCUACCCUACCAAAACGGCAACCUACCCAGACAGGCCAGUAGCCGCGACAGCGGCACCGGAAACGGCGCACAGAACAGCAUCCUGGGCCCCGGUAGCCCCCGCAACUCGAGCAACCCCGGCAACCCCGGCAACCCCGGCAACCCCGGCAACCCCGGCAGUCCUGUCACGGCGCAGCAGCAGCGCAACGCCGUGAGCGCGUGGCAGUCCGACACGGGCAAGGUAUCGCACUUCCUCAACACGGCCACCACCUUCACGGGGCAGGAGUACACGCAGCAGGCGCAGAUCGCGCUCGACGCCGAGCUGGACGAGCUGCUCCACAAGAAGGUGCUGGACCAGGCCCUGGGCGGCCAGCCGUCGGUGCGGGCGGCUAGCAACGUGCUCGAGACCCAGGGCUUCUUCCAGCAGGUCGUCGACGUGCUCCGCCGCAUGGUCCGCGACGGCCCCGCCACGGCCGCGCGCGACGUCGACGUCAUCAACCGCAACCGCUGCGUCAACGUCCUGCCCAACAUCGACGCCUACUUCGCCGCCGCAGCCUCCGGCGGGCCCGCCCGUGUGGGUAAGGGCAAGUCCGCCAAGGCCAAGAGCGCAAAAGUCAAGGCACGCCGCACGGCCGCUGCAAAGGCCGAGCUUUACGACAGGGAGUGA